AUGAAAAUGCUUCUGUUUGGUGUCUGGGCCCUGCUGGCCUUGAUCCUUUGCCCAGGGGUCGCAGAAGAGUCGUUUGAGGUUUCUGUUUGGCCAAAUCAGGCCCUGGUGGAGUUUGGACAGUCCCUAGUGGUCAACUGCAGCACUACUUGCCCAGACCCAGGACCCAGUGGAAUUGAGACCUUCUUAAAGAAAACUCAGGUGGGCAAAGGGCCUCAGUGGAAAGAGUUUCUUCUGGAAGAUGUAACAGAGAAUUCCAUCCUGCAGUGCUUCUUCUCUUGUGCAGGGAUUCAAAAGGACACAAGCCUUGGCAUCACUGUGUAUCAGCCACCAGAGCAAGUGAUCCUGGAGCUGCAGCCUGCCUGGGUGGCCAUGGAUGAAGCCUUCACAGUGAAGUGUCAUGUGCCCAGUGUAGCACCCUUGGAGAGCCUCACCCUUGCCCUUCUCCAGGGUAACCAAGAACUGCAUAGAAAGAACUUUAUGAGCUUGGCUGUGGCCUCCCAAAGAGCUGAGGUCAUCAUCAGUGUCAGAGCCCAAAGGGAGAAUGACAGGUGCAAUUUUUCCUGCCGUGCAGAAUUGGAUUUGAGUUUGCAAGGUGGGAGCCUCUUUCAAGGCAGCUCACCCAUCAAAAUACUCCGGAUCUUUGAAUUCUCUCAGACUCCCCAUAUCUGGGUCUCUUCCCUUUUGGAGGUUGGGAUGGCAGAGACUGUGAGCUGCGAGGUGGCUAGGGUGUUUCCAGCCAAAGAAGUUAUAUUCCACAUGUUCCUGGAAGACCAAGAGCUGAGCUCCUUCCUUUCCUGGGAGGGGGACACAGCAUGGGCCAAUGCUACCUUUCGGGCCAUGGAGGCUGGUGAUCAGGAACUGUCUUGCCUUGCAUCUCUGGGUCCAGUGGAACAGAAAACAAGAAAGCUAGUGCAUAGCUACAGCUUCCCUCCACCAAUCCUGGAGCUGAAAGAAUCAUACCCAUUGGCAGGGACCGACAUUAAUGUGACCUGCUCAGGGCAUGUAUUAACAUCACCCAGCCCUACUCUUCGGCUUCAGGGAGCCCCAGACCUCCCUGCCCCUGGGGAGCCUGCCUGGCUUCUACUUACUGCCAGAGAGGAAGAUGAUGGCCGAAAUUUCUCCUGCGAGGCCUCUUUGGAGGUGCAGGGUCAGUGGUUGAUGAAAACCACUGUGAUCCAGCUCCAUGUCCUAUACAAGCCACGGCUAGAGGAAUCCAGUUGCCCUGGCAAACAGACCUGGCUGGAAGGGAUGGAACACACGCUUGCCUGCGUCCCAAAGGGAAACCCAGCUCCAGCCUUGGUGUGUACCUGGAAUGGGGUGGUCUUUGACCUUGAAGUGCCACAGAAUGCAACCCAGAACCACACCGGAGCCUACUUCUGCACAGCCACUAACCAGCUGGGCUCUGUCAGCAAAGACAUUGCUGUCAUUGUUCAAGGACUAGAUGAAGGAAUCAGCUCUGCCCUCGUUGUCAUUAUUACCGUUGCCCUUGGAGUGGGUGUCAUCACCAUAGCACUGUAUUUGAGCUAUCGGCCCUGCAAAGUGGACAGGAGGAAAUUGCUCUAUAGGCAGACAGAGGAGGACAAAGAGGAGGAAAGCCAGUUUGCUGUUGAGGAAGAGAAAAGUACAACUCAUAUAAUUGACAGCUAUUUGAUUGAAUGA